AUGUUAUAUCGAAUCAUACAUUAUAUUGUGCUCGUAAUAACAAUAUGUUCAUCAAUAACAUCAGUUACUGAUGCAAAGAAUUCUACAACCACCUCAAGUUCAAAACAUAUACAAACCAACUCAUUAUUGACAUGUAUGGAUAAUUCACAAUUUACUUCAUCAUAUUUUGAUGUCAGAUUUUAUCCUGAUAAUAAUACUGUGGUAUUCAAGAUCGAUGCCACUACAACGAUUAAUCAAAAGAUUAUCGUUCAAGCUGAAGUGCUUACGUAUGGAUUAAAAGUAAUCAAUAAAGAAUUCGAUCCUUGUUCUUUAGAUCAAGAAGCUUUAUGUCCUUUAAGUCCCGGAAGAAUAGAUGUCUCAUCAUCUUAUCAAUUGGAUACCGACGUUACAAAUCAAAUUCCUGGUAUUGCUUAUACUGUUCCGGAUUUAGAUGCUCAAGUGAGAGUCGUUGUUUAUUCGAUUAAUGAUACUGAGUUUAAGACUCCUUUGGCUUGUGUUCAAGCCAUUUUAUCUAAUGGCAAGACUGUUCAAACUAAAUAUGCUUCAUGGCCUAUUGCGGCCGUCUCUGGUGCAGGUGUUCUGACUUCAGGUUUUGUCUCUGUCAUUGGUUAUAGUGCUACUGCAACUCAUAUUGCUUCUAAUUCUAUCUCGUUAUUCAUUUAUUUUCAAAACUUGGCUAUUACUGCAAUGAUGGGUGUCUCUAGAGUCCCACCAAUUGCUGCUGCUUGGACUCAAAAUUUUCAAUGGUCAAUGGGGAUUAUUAAUGAAAAAUUCAUGCAAAAUAUUUUUAAUUGGUAUGUUCAAGCUACAAAAGGUACAUCAACAGUCGUGGUAGCUAAUAAAGAUGUAUUAUCUAUUAGUGUUCAAAAAAAAAGAAGAGAUUUACAAAAUUGGAUGAUGAAGAGUGACGCUUAUAAUUGGUUGAAAAAAAGAUCAAUUAGUGUUGCAUCCGCAAGUGAUUAUAACUUCGAUGAUAUUUUGGAUGAUUCAACACUUUAUACUACUAAUGAAAGAAAUAGCACAGAUUAUGCAAAUAAAAUUUUAGUAUUAAGAGGUAUUCCACGUGUCUCUUAUUUAGCUGGGAUUGAAAUUUCUAAUUUUUUCUUAACAGGCGUUGUAUUUUUCCUAUUCUUUUUAUUCGUGGUUGUCUUCGGAUUAAUUUUCUUCAAAUCAUUAUUAGAACUAUUAGUAAAGACUAAUGUUAUGUCAGAAAGUUCGAAUUUCUUUCAAUAUAGAAAAAAUUGGGGAUCUAUCAUUAAAGGUACGUUGUAUAGGUUAGCCAUUAUUGCAUUCCCACAAAUUACAUUAUUAUGUAUUUAUGAAUUUACUCAAAAUGAUUCACCUGCAGUUAUGGCAGAUGCUGUAAUAAUUUUAAUUAUUAUCGUUUGUUUAUUAAUCUAUGGCUGUACAAGAGUUAUGUUAAAAGGUGGAGAAUCAUUAAGAUUGUAUAAGAAUCCUGCUUAUUUGUUAUAUGGUGAUACACAAUUUUUAAACAGAUAUGGUUUCCUUUAUGCUCAAUUUAAAGCUGAUAGAUAUUGGUGGGUUUUACCAUUACUAUUAUAUUCUUUCUUUAGAUCUUUAUUUGUUGCAGUCUUACAAGAACAAGGUAAAGCACAAGCUAUGAUAAUUUUUAUUAUUGAAUUAGCAUAUUUUGGUUGUUUAUGUUGGAUACGUCCUUAUUUGGAUAAAAGAACAAAUAUUUUUAAUAUUGCAAUCCAUUUAGUCAAUUUGAUUAAUGCCUUUUUCUUUUUGUUCUUCAGUAAUUUAUUCAAGCAACCUGCUGUUGUUUCUUCAGUGAUGGCAGUGAUUCUAUUUGUUUUAAAUGCUGUCUUUGCAUUAUUUUUGUUAAUAUUCACCAUUGUGACAUGUUCGUUGGCAUUAGUCUAUAGAAACCCAGAUGUUCGUUAUCAACCAAUGAAGGAUGAUCGUGUGUCCUUCAUUCCAAAAGUACAAAUUGGAGGUGAAAGUACAAUGGAUCUUAACGAUAAAAAUGAUGCAGAGUUAUUUGAAUUAAGACAAGCUGUAAUGGAUACAAAUGAAACUGAUCAAGAGAAACUAUUACGUGAGAAAAGAUUUAGCGGGAAACCUCAAAUCUUAUUUGAUAGUAAUAAUGAUUAUGAUGGAGAAUCUUCUUUAUCCUUAAACAAUACAGUGACUAGAAAUAGAUCGAACAGUAGUAAUAUCGAUUUACAACCAACACAAGCGAUGUCACCUUUGUUUAACAAUACUAAUAGUGCCAACACUAAUCCCAUAACAAAUUCACAUAAUGGGUUUUUAAGAACUCCAGGGGAUAAUAGGAAUACAAAUAAUAAUUUAAAGAAACCAGAGACUAGUUUCUAUGGUAGUGGGCCAACACAUUCAUAUUCUAGAGAUUUCCUAUGA